ACUACAUAUCCCAGACCGCGGAAGUAUCCGGGGUAAACACUCUUUCUCGGUUCAAUGUUUUGUAAGUUGCAAGUCACGCGGAUGACCGGAUGACUGUUUUGUUUGACCCUUUCUACGCUUCGGGAUCUUCUGAAUGAGAGGUCCCCUGGGUGCAGCAGACACUGCAGGUGGUUCCUCCGCUGACCCCCCGCUAGGCUCCGACUUCCCACUGACGCGCCUCCAGCUGCUCACACAACAAUGGAGAAGUGAGGCCCCCGCUGAACGCAAUACAGAAGUGAAAUCGAUCCCCACAGUCGCCAUGAGGUCAUCCGUCCCCCUCUACCUGUGCCUCCUGCUGUGUGCGUGUCUGGGCGUGGCCUGUGUGGCGGGCGUGUGCGUGUGGAACAGCCAAUGGCACGGCGGGUUCGCCUGGGACGACUCCGGCCUCAAGUUCAACUGGCACCCGGUGCUCAUGGUGUCCGGUCUGGUGGUGGUGUACGGCUUCGGGGCGGUGCUGUACCGCGUCCCCCUCACCUGGGGGGGGGACAAGCUGCCCUGGAAGCUGGCCCACGCCGGCGCGAUGCUGCUGGCGCUGGUCCUGGCCGUGGUGGGGCUGUGCGCCGUGUUCCAGAACCACGCCACCAACCACAUCCCCCCCCUCUACUCGCUCCACAGCUGGGUGGGCAUCUGCAGCGUGUUCCUGUUCGCCACACAGUGGGCGGUGGGUGUGGGGGCCUUCCUGUUGCCCUGCUCCCCGGUGGCGCUGCGUGUCCUCCUGAAGCCGCUCCACGUGUGGCUGGGCGCCUCCAUCCUGACCCUCAGCAUCGCCGCCUGCGUCUCCGGCAUCAACGAGAAGCUCAUCUUCGCUCUCAAAGGGACGGUGAACGGGACCCUGCCGUACAGCGCCCUGCCACCGGAGGCAGUGUUCGCCAACUCCCUCGGAGCUCUGAUCGUCGUCUUCGGACUAGUGGUCCUGAGGAUUCUGUCCAAUCGCAGCUGGGAGAGGCCGGAGCCCGGCGGGCAGGACACGGCGUACCGGCCGUUGCUUCAGGAAGAGAACGAAUGAAGGACCAAACAGAAGAUCAUCAACAUGCACUCCUCGCUUCACUUGCACUCUCAGGGUGAAUUUCCUUUCCAAAGUUUUUCGCUGCUAAUGAAUGUGCUGUAAUCUAUUCAGGUCUGGGCGCUGAGCUGUACAUACUUAAACGAAGAAAUAGUUAAAUCUUUAAAAAAAAGUCAGUCAUAUUUGUAUGUCAUUUGUGAUCGAGCAACGCCGUUUCUUUUGCCAAACAUGAAUAAAAAAUACCUGUGCUUGAA